GCGCACGGUCAAAAUGGCGUUUGUUUUUUUCUUAUCAAUGCGAACAAUGAUUUUUCGUUGGUGAUUCUGGAAAGAAAAAGUGGUUGAUGAAGAUAAUUUUUUCACAAUGACUUCAAAAACUGAUCCUAAUAAUGCUGAAUCAGAUGCCCAGAAGGCAGAAGAAAAGGCUAGUAAAGAAGAGUUAGUGGAAGCCAAGAUGAGAAUAAUCCGAAAGAAAAAUGAAGAUCUCAUGAGAAGACAAAAGGAGAUUGAAGAAGACCGUAAAAAUGCCGAUGUGUACAGCAAGUUAGUAGAAAUAAAGAAGCAACAUGGGAGUGGUACAUCAGGAGUGAACAAGGAUUCAUCACAGCCAGGAGGGGUGGCUGGAAGAGGGAGAGGUAGAGGCAGAGGGCUAAUGUUGCAGGAAAUGCGGAAAGAAACACUGAAAGCCAAGCAGUGGGAGGCCAAACGGAAAGAAAAUGUUGUAAAGGAAGAGGAGGAGAGGAAACAAGGAAGUAGGAAUCCCAACUCUGCGAGCAGGUUUCUGAUGGAUGACAAGCGAGUGGAUAUGUCCAAAAUGACAGGGCGGAAUGAGCACUCUUGGGGUGGAGCUAAUUUCAACAAAGCUGCCAGUCGAAUGCAAAGGGAGAAGGAAGGGUUUCGACCAGGCAGAAAUAGAGAUAAUAUGGAAAUGACUAUGUCAGGGAAAGAGCGGCAACAGUAUCGUGAGUGGAAGGAUGAGAGAAAGAAGAUUGAUGAAGAAAGGAAAGCUCGUCAGAAGAAGGCUGGAAACUGGAGCCGUACAUGGGAUCAGAAAAAGGUCUGGGAUGCAAGACGGAAGAUGUGGGUAUUUGAAGAAUCUGGGGACAAUGGGAGGAAUAUGAGACAUCAUGAUGGUCAUGGUCGUGCAGAAGACUGGGGCAUUGAUAGUAGGGGGAACAAUUACCACAGAGAAAACAGAGGUCAUUAUAAAGGAGGAGGAUUUAGACAGUAUGACAACCAUGAAACCCGAGCUUCUGAAAUGCAACGAGGUAGCAGUCAAAGUGAAGUUUUGGAAAAAAAGAGUACCACAUCAAAAACUGAAACAGAAACUAGAGCAAGACACAACCAGGAUGGCACAGCUAAUGGUGAGGGCACUGGGGAAGAGAAUUGGGAUGAAGAACCAACUGUACCUCUGCAUCAAAAGAAAGAAGAAGAGAGUUUAGAUGCUGUUAUGGAAACAUCAACUGACAAUUCACAAAGAAUUGAUAAACCCAAACCUCAAAAAGAACGAAAGGAACAAAGACGUAGUGAUAAGCAUGGUAAUAGUGAAGAUAGUCAGAAAAAUCAGCAAUCUGCAGCAGAAGUGACAAGUGACAAACCACAUAGUGGAACUUCUCAGCAAGAACUUCAGGAAAGCUUACAAGAUGAUUUUGCUGUUAAUGAAGAUUCUCAAGUGCAGCCUGAAUCCACAACUACCAAAGAUUCAUCCCUGUCAGUCAUAUCAGCUCUGCAUGAAUCUCCAGGAGAUAAGAAGGAGGCAGCAGUUGAAUGCAAGGAUCAAAUCAAAAACUUGCAUGAGGAAAGUGAAGGGGCACAAGUCAAUCUAGAAGAUGUAGAAACUGGUGAAAGAGCUAAUGACAUAGUUACAACAGACAGUGAUAAAGAUAAACAAGAAUGCUCACCACAAAAUCCAGCACAUAAAAAACAAGAUAUUUCUAUUGAUCAUUCAGCACAGCAAGAACACAGAGAUGACAGUGCAAACUCUGUUCAUAACGAUACAAUGCUUGCAGAAACGGCAAAUUUGCCUAAACUUAAGACAGACAAAAAAGUUUCUGACACCAAAGAAAACAAUCAGGAAAUGAAAUCAGAUACAGAAGUUGCCAGUGUGAUACAAGCAUCUGCAUCAGAUGCUGACACUCCACCUACACCUGAUUUUCUGAAACUGGAGCAGGACCUUGACUGGGGUGAAAUUGAGAUUGAUGAGGAAAAAAUUGUUGAGAGAUGGUAGUUUUUAAAAUCGAACAGUUUAAGUCACAGGUAGUGUUUUGCUCUGGACAACCCAGCUAUAGGCAUACCCUUUGCUCAAAUUUCCUAGAAUUUCCUUCACAUUGUUUAAGGGCACAAUCAAAUCUCCAUUUUUGUAGUGUAUCUGGUCUAUUUGUAACCAUGGGUAAACAAGUAUUUGUAAUCAGAAAAAGUCUUACAAUUUGUUAUUACACCAAGUGUAAUCCUAACAAGACAGUUUGUGAGAUAAUCAUGGCAAUUAAUAUUUUGCCAAGUCAGUUUUACAUUGCCCUCUCCUGGGUAAGUUUUUUUUUAUUUUUGUGAGGCUACAGUUCCCUUGUCCUCCCCUCUUCAGGCUCUGAAAAUAUUCCAGCUUCGAUGCCUGUAUACCCUUCCAACAAAAAUGAGUUUGGAUAUGAAAUUAGAACAGUUUUUAGCCCUGGGGAAUGAAGUGGCCACAGCCUUUCUAUAAAUCAUGGUGUGUCCAUGUAUUGAGAUGUAUAUUUCUUAUUAGACAAUUUGGUUUGCAGUAUAGCUGAGUAUUUUUACGAGUUCUGCCAUAUUUUGACAAGCCCUUGUAAUGAGUGAAAAUGUAAUGCACCAAACAUCUAAUAAGUUAUUUAUUAUUCAAUUGCCUUAUUUUUGUGCGUUUCGUCAAAGGUGGUAAAAAACAAAGCAGAUAGAGAAGCUUUGCACAUGCAGUUGACCAUCAAAUAGGUUUUUUUACAGUUACAAAAUAACCAACUGUUCAAAUAUUGUGUGAUAUUUUUACUAGAUGGGUGCAUUAUUUCUACUCUACUCAGUGCAGUUGGAUAAUAGUGCUGGUUAAAUAAUAAUGAGAUUUUUAUUUCACUUUUAAUCACAGUAUGUCUUUUCAACACGCAUAAAAUAUUUGUUACCAUUUUAAUUAAGAGAUGAAAAGUAGUUUGCUAGUCUGCAACAGAUCCCAAUAGAAUUGUCAAAAUUGUUAAGUACUUUUCAGCUUAAUUUUACACCAAUAUGAUAUAAAAUAAAUUAUAGA